CAAAAUUAGAUAUAUUAAAUUUUAAUUUAAACAUAUUAUCUCGUUUUUACCUUAAAGUAUAUUCUUCUAAUCUUUUGAUUAUUUUUCAUAAAAUAGUAUACAAUGCUUUUAUUACACACACAUUUUUUAUUUUUAUGUUUUUAUUUCAUAAAACCGUCAGUCAGCACGAUAACAAAAAAAUUAUGGCAAAAUGUAGGCUAUAAGAUACAUUUAACAAAUGAAAUACUUGAAAAGGUGAUAACCAAAGAAAUUUUUUAUAAAAAGUUUAAUAGUUAUAUUAAAUAUGUUACGCGUGAAUCCUUGGAAAAGACGUUCGUAAGACAUGAUUUAUCAUACAUUUCGAAAUUAAAUAAUGCAGAUGAAAAUCUUUAUAUCUAUGAUGGUGAAGAAAAUUUGAUUUACCAUUUUAUCAAAUAUAAAAAUCUCUCUAUUGAUGACGUUAAUGAAAAUUGUAAAGAGAAAAACGAUAAAAAUAUCGAUAUUAAAAAUUGUAAAGACAUAAAAGAAUAUAAUAUGGAUUAUAUGUGUAAUAUUGACAUAAACGUGGAAUUUUUUAAUGAUGCGGUAAAAAAAAGAAAUGAUAUUAUGAAAAGAAUGUUCAAUGAUUACUUGCAUAUUAUAAACAAAAAACAAUUGUGUAAUAAUGAAAAAGAAAUAAGCAAAGUUUGUGAUCUAAUUAAAGCAUUAGAAAAUAAUCAUCCAAAUAAUUUAAAGAAUUCUAAACAUAAAGAUGAUAUUAUAUCAAACAGUUCAGCCCUUUGCGAUUGAGAUAAGAUUAAAAAAUAAUUUUUAAUAUAAUAUACGUUGUUUAAACAUUGUAUAUGUUAUUUUUUUUUUUUGCUAAUAACACAGGUCUAUGAGAAAAUUUUUUGUUGUCUAUUAUGCAUAAAUGAAUUUUGAAUGAAAUAUUGUGUUUACUUAUUAAAUUAUACUUCUUCAAUAAACAAUGUAAUGAUAAAAAAUGCACAUAGUUAUAAAUUAGAAUUUUACAUAUACACAAGUUUAAUUAAUUGAAAAUACAACGCAAUGUCCAACAAACAACCACGACUUUUAAGCUAAACAAUUAGCAAACAAAAAUUAAUGCAAAGUCAAUAUAAGCAACCAUAAUGCUAAAUACAAAUAUUAAAUUGCUUACUGCAACCUGCAUGGCUCCCUAUAUUAUUAUAAUUUAAUACUUAGUACGUAUAUCAGUUUUUUAAAAAAGUAAUUUUUUGUUUAUAACAGCUACACGUCAUUUUUUUAAUUACUUAUAUCGUCUAAAUUCAUUCUACAUCAUAUAAUUGCGUACUUUAUUCCUUAAAACUUCACAUAACAAAAAAGAAAUAGAAAUAAGGCAAGUACAAAUAUUUCGUUCAACUGUUCACUCCUCUCCUUUUUUGUUUAAAAACUCAUUUAUAUUCUCUCCUUUCUUUUAGCUUCUAUGCGAAGCUGAGAAGAUAUAAGUUUUACUACGAUGUGUUUUUUUUUUGUGAAUGCUAUUUUUGUGUAAAAAUUCUCGAUUUUAUAUUUUACAUUUUUAACAUUAUAUUUAUAUAACUUUUUGAAAAAUGUAUGGCUCAAUACAAUUUUUUUAUGAGUAAUAUUAUUUAUAUACAUCUUUUAUUUGACAUACUUUUUUUUUAAAUCGGACUAUUUUCCUUUAUGCAGGGGGGGUCAAAAUAUUAAAAAUGCAUAUAGAUAAUAGAACUUUUUCAACUAAAUGUUAGGAAAUGUUCCGAAAAUACU